AUGAAACAAUAUGUAAUAAACGAUUGUGCUGCAGUUGCCGAAUCAUUCUUCCAUAUGUAUCCAGAAAAAACAGACAAUCAUCAAAUACCUCAAACAUCGCCGACAACAUCAACCAAUAUUGGAAUGAAUUUAGAUGAUGACCUAUCAAAUAUCAGUGAAGAUGAAUUAAUUGAAAUAUUACGACCAAAAUUCAAUAAAAAAUUUUUCAUUUCAUAUACACAACAACAAAAUAAAACAACAUCAACAAAACAAACAACAAUUGAAAAUAAAUAA